CCCCCUUCGCCUGCUCCAUCAAUGGAAAAUCCUCGUCAUCAGAAAACAAAAAAUAAGAAAGAGUAGCAAAUCUAUUAAUCAUGAUAUAAAUAAAAAGAGCCACACAAUUUCCAUAUUAAUCAAUUCGCCAAGCUCACAUCCUAGCUGUCCCUCCCGGUUUUCCCGUCGAGUCAACCCCCCUCUCCCUCCCUUCUAAAUACUCUGCACUCCCCCUCCCGGCCACCGGCCAAUCCCGGUUCCUCCUCACGCCCUCCGGCUACUACUAGAAGAAAUUAUUAGAAAGUAUUACCUGGAGAGUAGAAUUUUUUUUUAAAAAAAAAUACGAGAGAAAAAUUUCGAUGAGAGUGGAGAGCAGGAAGAGUGAGGUGGUUGAGAUCUUCAUUUGCAUUAAUACCGGGUUUUAACUGGGAGUAGCUGUGAAGGGAAACUAGCUGGUGCCCACUUUUUAUUCUUUGUUUCCAUUUUUCUUCCCUGUUUUUCUUAUUUACAACUAUUUUCACGAAAUUAGGAAAAAAAGAAAAAAAGGCCACCGAGAUAGGGGUCCCCGUCCAUAGCCGCCGCAACGGAGUGGCAGCGAAGAAGAGGAAGAAGAAAGGGGAACACCGGACGACGUUGACGCACACCGUACCAUGGUUCACCACCCGCUGAUGUGCCCCGGAUCGACGUCCGCUUAGCCGUCAUGCCCUCGCCGUUAGCGCCGUUUAUGCUCGUCCUGCUCGCGGCAGGGCUCUUCGCGCCGGCAUUAGGGCAGAACCUAACGUCGAAGGCCGAUCUCGCUGGGUUAUAUAGCUUGAGGGCCUCGCUCGGUCUCCGGGCUCGGGACUGGCCCCGCCGGACCGACCCGUGCUCAGCCUGGACUGGAGUCCGGUGCCGCGCCGGCCGGGUUGUCUCAUUGAAUCUCUCCGGUCUCCGCCGCACCCGGCUUGGACGGCUCAAUCCCCGGUUCGCUGUUGACGGGCUCCGGAAACUCUCCCGGCUCGAAUCCUUCAACGCGACCGGGUUCGCCCUCCCCGGCCCCAUCCCGGACUGGCUCGGCCGCCGCCUCCGGCCGGUGUUCUCCACCCUCGACCUCUCCGACGCUGCCAUCUCCGGCCCUAUUCCCUACUCUCUCGGAAGCGCCACCGGCCUCGCCGUGCUCUCCCUUGCCGGCAACGCCAUCAGCGGCAACAUCCCACCGACCCUCGGCCAGCUCGGCAACCUCUCGGUCCUCGACCUCUCACACAACUCGCUCUCCGGGGCCAUCCCGGCAUCCCUCGCCUCCCUCGCCUCCCUCGCCAACCUCUCCUACCUCGACCUCUCCUCCAACUUCCUCACCGGCCCCAUCCCCCUCGCUCUCGGCACCCUCCCGAAGCUCAACACCCUGAUCCUCUCCAACAACAGCCUCACCGGAUCGGUCCCGGCCCAGCUUGGCGAUCUCUCCUUCCUUGCCUCCCUCGAUCUCAGCUUCAAUUCUCUCGCCGACGCCCUCCCCGACGAUCUCAGGAACCUCAGGAGCCUCCGAGUUCUCAACCUGGGCAGCAACUCCCUCUCUGGCCUUCUCGCCAGCAGCCUUUUCUCCGGUCUCUCCCGGCUCAGGUCUCUUACGCUGAGCCACAACAACUUCUCGGGCGGCUUGCCGGACUCGCUGUGGUCACUGUCCGAGCUGCGGUUUCUUGAUAUUUCCUAUAACAACCUCACUGGCACGCUUCCAGACCUUGUGCCCGCCGUUGCCAAUGCCAAUGCCAAUGCCAGUGGUGCUGGGUUCAAUCUCUCCAACAAUCUCUUUUACGGGUCGAUUUCUUCAGGGUUUGCUGUCGUUUUCACAAGGUUUAGUGUGGCCGAUAUCUCCGAUAAUUACUUCCAAGGCGCAUUGCCUGUUCAUGGCAGCAGCAAAAAUUUCUCUUUUGGAUCGAACUGCUUCCGCAAUGCCUCGAAUCAGAGGAAUUUGACUGAUUGUCAGGAGUUCUAUUUGCAAAGAAGGCUGCCUUAUUAUGGCGCGGUAACCCCAGGUAUUGCUCCGGCUCCAACAAGUUCUUCCAGUGGGAAGAGCAACAGAAAGUUGAAGUAUAUCUUGAUAGGGGUUAUCGGGGGGCUUCUGUUAAUUGUUAUUUUGGUUCUCGUGAUUGUGCUGUGUGCGAUGAAAUGUGGAGGCCAGAAAGCCGAACGGAGGACGAGCAGCGGGAAUGCAGGCCCUUCUGGAGCACAGCCUUCUGCAGUCUCUGUGAAUUUGUCAGCUGUGGGGGAGGCCUACACCUACGAGCAGUUGGUUCGGGCGACUGCGGACUUCAGCGGCAAAAACCUUAUCAAGCAUGGGCGCUCAGGGGAUCUCUACCAUGGUGUUUUGGAGAAUGGCAUUCCUGUGGUGGUGAAGAGGAUCAAUGUGCGGACAGUCAGGAAAGAAGCUCAUGCCGUGGAACUAGAUUUAUUUUCCAGAGGUUUGCACGAGAGGCUGGUGCCAUUCCUAGGACACUUUUUGGAUAAUGAGAAUGAGAAGCUCCUUGUAUACAAAUAUGUACCUAACGGUGACCUAUCGAAUGCGCUGCAUAGAAAGUCGGGAGAGGAAGAAGAAGGACUGCAGUCAUUGGAUUGGAUUAAGAGAUUGAAGAUUGCAAUAGGGGUGGCUGAAGCUCUAUGUUAUCUGCAUCAUGAGUGUAUCCCACCUCUGGUUCAUAGAGAUAUUCAGGCAAGCAGUAUUCUCCUUGAUGAUAAGUUUGAAGUGCGGCUUGGAAGUUUGAGUGAUGUAUGUACUCAGGAAGGGGAAGGCCACCAGAAUGUCAUCACCAGGAUAUUGAGAUUGUCACAGACAUCUGAACAAGUCAUUUCUGGCUCCUCUACUGCGACAUGUGCCUAUGAUGUAUACUGUCUGGGAAAGGUUUUGCUCGAGCUAGUCACUGGUAAGCUCGGCAUCAGUGGGUCUAAUGAUGCUGCAACCAAUGAGUGGAUUGAACAAACAUUGCGCUACAUCAACAUCUAUGAGAAGGAGCUCAUCGCAAAAAUUGUGGAUCCAUCCCUGAUCGUGGAUGAGGACCACUUGGAGGAAGUCUGGGCAAUGGCUAUUGUGGCAAAGUCCUGCCUGAAUCCAAAGCCCUCCAAACGUCCACUCAUGAGAUAUAUCCUAAAAGCACUGGAGAACCCUCUGAAGGUGGUAAGAGAGGAGAACAAUUCUGGCUCAGCCAAGCUGAGGGCUACUUCCUCACGGGGCUCUUGGAAUGCUGCUUUCUUUGGAAGCUGGCGGCACAGCUCCUCUGAUAUUGUGUCCGUCACAGCCCCGCCGAGGGAGGAACAGAUAUUAAAGCGUUCAGGUACAUCAGGGUCCCAAGGGAGUGGUGGUGAGAACUCGUUCUCCCAUAAGAGACCAUCAAGGGAGAUCUUCCCAGAACCAUCUGGGGCACAUGAGACUGAGGAUUGAAGAUGAUGGUUUUUAUGAUUCUUUCUAUAAUAAUUUUUGGUAUGCUCAGCAUUAGAGUGCCUGCCCAUGGCAUCUGAAGUCCAUUUGUAUUUGCAAGCAUCAAAACGGAGUGAAGUUGAUGUCUUGCAUUGAGAUCAAUUCUUUCUCUUUCCAUUGGUAUAUGAAAUUACUUGGUGAGCAAAGAGGUUUCCAAGGCGGCCACCCAUAGUGGGUCCGAAAGUUAUCUGUGCACCUAUUGUUGGUCACAGUGAUAGAUGUUCUGAUGGUUCAUUGGUUGCGGUUUGUUUAUUUUAUCUAUCCUUUUUUUUCCCCUGUAAAACGUCAUGCUGCAAUUUUUCCUGCGUAAUGUAUCCUUCAUUGGUGGUCUUUUUGGGAAAAUGUAAAUUGAAUGACUGGGUUUCACAUUAUGGCUUUCUUCAUUCCUCAAUCACCUUUUCCUUUUGAAUCA